GAUUGACCCGUACUGUAAACAGUUACUACUGUAGGUUAAGUCGAUACAUAAUAUACAGUAGACCGUUUUUUUAUACGAUACUUCAUUGUACGAACAAUAUAUAGAGUCUGCAAUUCGCCCUCAAGCGUUCAUAUUCAUACAUCAAUAAAAUUUCAUGUUAAAGGAUAGCUGUUCCAGAUAACCCUGACAUACUACACCAAAUAUGAAGGUUUCGUUCGCCACUUCGUUGGGUCUUCUGGCCGCCAUUGGAAACGUGUGCGCGUUCUAUGAGAGUGGCUCAAGUGUGGUUUCUCUCACCGAAUCAAACUUCGACGCAAAGGUCAUCAAGUCAGAUAGUGUGGUACUAGUGGAAUUCUAUGCUCCAUGGUGUGGUCACUGUAAAAACCUGACACCCGAGUAUGAGAAGACAGCCAAGAUGCUGAAAGGAGUGGCGCGUGUGGCGGCUGUGGAUGCAGAUCAGUAUAAAUCCCUGGGACAGAAAUACGAUGUACAGGGCUUUCCGACGAUCAAGCUAUUCGGUGCAGACAAGCAGAAACCCACCGACUACAACCAGGCACGCGACGCCGCCUCCAUGGCCAAAGCCGUGCUCAAGGAGGUCAACACAGUGGUUAAGGACCGUAUCGGGGGCAAAAGCUCGUCGAGUGGGGGGUCUAAAUCCGGAUCUAAGGGUAGCGGCGGUGGCGCAGCGGGCAAGCCUGUACAGCUGACGGAUGCAAACUUUGAGGAGACUGUCAUGAAAAGCUCAGACACGUGGCUGGUUGAGUUCAUGGCGCCAUGGUGUGGCCACUGCAAGAAUCUCGAGCCGCAAUGGCGACAGGCAGCGGCUGAGCUCAAGAACACGCCCAACGUCAAGCUGGGUGUAGUAGAUGCCACCGUGGAACAGCAGAUUGCCGGAAGAUAUCAAAUCAAGGGCUAUCCCACCAUCAAGGUCUUCGGCAAGAACAAGAGCAAGCCCAGUGACUACAACGGACCUCGUGAGGCUGAUGGCAUUGUUGCGUAUGCAAAGGAUCUGGCCAUUAGAGCUGCCCCUGCGCCUAAGGUGUACGAAUUGACGGAUGCCAAGAUUUGGGAGGAACAAUGCGGUGGCAAAAGCAUCUGCGUCGUCACGGUGCUGCCCCACAUUCUGGAUUCAAGCGCAAAUGAACGCAAUGAGUACAUCAAGAUGCUCAAGCAGGCUGCCAAAGCCCUCAAGAGCCAACCCUUCAAGUGGCUAUGGACUGAGCCCGGCAAGCAGGCUGACCUGGAAGAACGCCUCAACAUCGGUGGCGCAGGUUACCCCGCUGUGGCGGCUGUGAGUCUGAGCAAGGAGAAAUACUCCAACAUGCGUAUGGCUGUCGAUCUGGAGCACGUCAAGAGCUUCUUGAACAACCUCAUGACUGGCAAGGAGCAUCUAGGCCCGCUUCGCCAGGUACCUACAAUUGCUAUUGCCGAUGCCUGGGAUGGCAAGGAUGGUGAACUUCCUAGGGAGGAGCUCUAGAACACUUGGCAGUCUUAAGACGAAUGCUUUAAGACUGACCGCAUCUUCGGUGACACUCCGAAUGAGUGCAAUUCUCUGUGCGUCAGUAAUAUCACAGUGGAAUAGAAAUAUGGCCGACAGACAGUUCGGUCUCUUUCUUAGACAGUCGGUAGCAAUUUCAAAUAGAAUAAACUGUGGGAAGAUACUUGGUCGCCGCUUUGUUGGAGUGGCUGUUUCCCGAUGGGGCUUUAUAGUCACGCCUUCACUGUUGACAUCUGUACGAUGAUGCAGAUAGUAUCGUCGAAUAGUAGGGAACUUAUCGAAGUAUAUGCACAUUUGAAGGCCGAGCAUAGUCUGCAUUACGCUAUCGCUCGAUCGUGCCUAUACUUCCGAUCUGAAGAGGAGUACUGAACGUAAGUGGACAUAUACAAUUACAGAUAUUCUGUGCAAAAGAAAUGAGAACC